AUGGAGGGGCGCAAAUAUAUGAAUGAAUAUAUGAAUGAACACAGAGAUCCGUGGUACCCUGGCGGCGGCGGCAGGAGGCGGCAGGAGGCGGCGGCGGCAGGAAGCGGCAGGAGGCGGCGGCAGGAAGCGGCAGGAGGCGGCGGCGGCGGCAGUGCGCCCCUCCGUCGAGGGCAGCGGGAGUGGCAAGGCGCGCCUCCGUCGAGGGCAGCGGGAGUGGCAAGGCGCGCCUCCGUCGAGGGCAGCGGGAGUGGCAAGGCGCCCCUCCGUCGAGGGCAGCGGGAGUGGCAAGGCGCGCCUCCGUCGAGGGCAGCGGGAGUGGCAAGGCGCGCCUCCGUCGAGGGCAGCGGGAGUGGCAAGGCGCGCCUCCGUCGAGGGCAGCGGGAGUGGCAAGGCGCGCCUCCGUCGAGGGCAGCGGGAGUGGCAAGGCGCGCCUCCGUCGAGGGCAGCGGGAGUGGCAAGGCGCCCCUCCGUCGAGGGCAGCGGGAGUGGCAAGGCGCGCCUCCGUCGAGGGCAGCGGGAGUGGCAAGGCGCGCCUCCGUCGAGGGCAGCGGGAGUGGCAAGGCGCGCCUCCGUCGAGGGCAGCAGCGGGAGUGGCAAGGCGCCCCUCCGUCGAGGGCAGCGGGAGUGGCAAGGCGCCCCUCCGUCGAGGGCAGCGGGAGUGGCAAGGCGCCCCUCCGUCGAGGGCAGCGGGAGUGGCAAGGCGCCCCUCCGUCGAGGGCAGCGGGAGUGGCAAGGCGCCCCUCCGUCGAGGGCAGCGGGAGUGAAUGA